AUGACUCUGUUGCUCCUGCUUUGUCUGUUGCUUCCCAGUGUCUGGUGCAACCAGCAGGCCUGCUCCAGAGGUGCCUGCUAUCCUCCUGUGGGGGACCUGCUGAUAGGGAGAACUCGCUUCCUCCACGCCUCUUCCACCUGUGGCCUGAACAAGCCUGAGACCUACUGCACCCAGUAUGGAGAGUGGCAGAUGAAAUGCUGCAAGUGUGACUCAAGGCUGCCUCACAGCUACAACAGUCACCGUGUAGAGAACGUAGCUGCGUCCUCAGGCCCUGGGCGUUGGUGGCAGUCCCAAAACGAUGUGCGUCCAGUUUCGCUACAGCUGGACCUGGAUGGAAAACUUCAGCUGCAGAACAUUGGGAUGCACUUCAAGGGGCCGCAGCCAGCUGGGCUGCUCAUUGAGCGAUCCUCAGACUUCGGCCGGACGUGGCGGGUAUACCAGUAUCUGGCCACUGACUGUGCUGCCACUUUCCCGAGGGUGCGCCAGGGCCGGCCGCAGGGCUGGGAGGACGCACGAUGUCAGGUGCUGCCAGUCCGGCCUGCGGGGCGCCCCGAUGGAGGGCAGGUCCAGGUCAACCUGCUGGACUUGGCUGCUGGGAUCCCGGCAACUCAGAGCCAGAAAUUGCGUGAGCUAGGCACCAUCACCAACCUGCGGGUGAACUUUACCAGAUUGGCACCUGUGCCCUCACGUGCCCACCACCCGCCCAGCGCCUAUUUUGCAGUCUCCCAGCUGCGCCUCCUUGGCUCCUGCUUCUGCAACGGCCAUGCUGACCGCUGUGCAUCUCCAUCUGCUGCCUCCCGAGACCCUGCCAGCGCCGUGCAGGUGUCGGGGGUGUGUGUCUGCCAGCAUCACACAGCAGGGCCCCACUGUGAACGCUGCGCACCCCUGUACAACGGUCGGCCUUGGAGCCCUGCUGAUGACAGGAACCCCCAGGAAUGCCAGAAGUGUGAGUGCAACGGGCAUGCCGACAGCUGCCAUUUUGACCCGGCUGCGUUCACUGCCAGUGGGGGCACCCAGGGUGGCGUAUGUGACAACUGUCAGCACCACACUGAGGGGCCACACUGUGAGCGCUGCCAGCUGCACUUCUUCCGGAACCGGCACCCGGGUGCGCCCCCCGAGGAGACCUGUCUCCCCUGCGAGUGUGACCCUGACGGGGCAGUGCCAGGGGCACCAUGCGAUCCGCAGACUGGACAGUGCGUGUGCAAGGAGAAUGUGCAGGGGGAACGCUGUGACCUGUGUCGGCCUGGUUUCACUGGGCUCAGCCAUGCUGACGCUCGGGGCUGCAAGCGCUGUGAAUGCAGUGCCCUGGGCUCCCGACCUGACAUGCCCUGUGAUGAAGAAAGUGGCCGCUGCCUGUGUCUGCCCCAUGUACUGGGCCCCCGCUGUGACCAAUGUGCCCCCAACUACUGGAAGCUGGCCAGCGGCCAGGGCUGUGAGCCUUGCGCCUGUGACCCCAGCCAUUCCCUGAGCUCCCAGUGUCACCAGUUUACAGGACAGUGCUCCUGCCGUGAUGGCUUCGAGGGCCGAACAUGCAGUGUGGUGUCUGCUCGCCAGUGCCCAGACAGAACCUAUGGGGAUGUGGCCUCUGGGUGCCGAGCCUGUGACUGUGACUUCAGGGCCACCGAGGGACCCGGCUGCGACAAGGCCUCGGGCCGCUGCCUGUGUCGCCCUGGUGUGACGGGGCCCCGAUGUGACCAGUGUGAACGUGGCCACUGUGACGGUUUCCCAGGCUGCCCAGCCUGCCAUCCCUGCUUCCACACCCACCAUGCUGAGCUCCAGGCCCAAGCCCAGCGCCUUGGCAGCCUUCGCAAUGCCACUGCCAGGCUGGGUAUUGGUUUGGGCCCAGGGGACCUCGGCCUAGCCGCCCGUAUCCGUGCUACCCAGAGCCAGUUGGAGCAGCUGCAGACAGCUUUGGGCCGAGCCGGCAACACUGAGCAGGACAUGGCCCAUCUGGCCAGCAGUGUCUCUACCAUCAGGCGAACCCUGCAGACGCUGCCCCUGCACGUCCCUACCGAGGAGGACGUGAGCCUACAGGGAUUGCUCGAUAGCCUGGACCGGGGCUUCCACCGCCUACUCCUCUUGUAUCAGGGCCGGAAGCAGCAAUGGGAGCAGCUGGGCCGUGGCGACCCCUCUGGUGCCCUCCGCACGCUGGCUGAGGCUUAUGACCGCUCCUCACAGGCCAACCAGCAGGUGGCCCACAGCUCCAAUUUGCUGCUGGGUGUUGGUGAGAGGCGUAGGGAGGUAGAGGCACUGCAGAGACAAGCAGGGGGCAUUUCGGGUGUCGGGGGACCCCAGCUGUCCGCCCUGCGGCUGCAGAUGGCAUCUCUGCCUGAUCUCACACCAACCAUCAACCAGCUCUGCGGGGGCUCUCGGCAAACGGCCUGCACCCCGGAAUCCUGUCCAGGCCUGCUGUGUCCUCGGGACAAUGGUACAGACUGUGGUUCCCACUGCCUGGGUACCCUCCCCAGGGCUGGUGGUGCCUUCCACUCAGCUGUGCAGGUGGCUGCACAGCUGCGGGACUUCGAUGCUCAGCUCCAGCAGACACGGCACAUGAUCCAGGCCACGGAGGAGGCAGCUCUGCGGGUGCAGUCGCACGCGGGGCGCCUGGUGUCACAGGUGAGCAGCAGUCGUGCCCACAUGGAAGAGGACGCACGUCGGACGCAGCUGCUUAUCCAGCAGGUGCGGGACUUUCUCACAGACCCCGCGGUGGACGCAGGCAGCAUCGAGCAGGUGAGUGUGGCUGUGCUGGCCCUGUGGCUGCCCAGUGACCCUGCCACUGUGCGGCGGAAGAUGGCGGAGGUGCAGUCGCUGGCCGCCCGGCUCCCCAGCGUGGGCUUGCUGCUUGCCCAGACCAAGAGCGACAUCGAGCGCGCCCGCAAGUUGCAGGCUGAGGCCGAACAGGCCAGGGUCCGUGCUCACACCGUGGAGGGCCAGGUGGCAGAUGUACGGGCAAGCCUGCGACAAGGCGGUCUGGCACUGCAGGAGGCUCAGGACACCAUGCAGGGCACCAGCCGCUACCUGGGGCUCAUUCAGGAGCGAGUGACUGAGGUUCAGCAGGUCCUUGGACCAGCGGGUCGGCAGGUGACAGACAUGGUGAAGCAGCUGAGCGGCUUCCGGGUGCGGAUGGAGGAGCUGAGCCGCCAGGCCAGCCAGCAGUGGGAACGGGCCACUGGGGCCAAGCAGCUUGCUGGGGAGGCCAGCCAACAGGCCCUGAGUGCCCAGGAGGGGCUGCAGACAGUCAGGCGCAAGUAUGCGGAGCUACAGGAGCGGCUGGCCAGUGGUCCCGCUCUGGGUGAGCAGGGAAGCCGCAUCCUCAGUGUGAAGAUGGAGGCGGAGGAGCUCUAUGAGGAAACGGUGGAGAUGAUGGAGCGGAUGAGAGACAUGGAAUCGGAGCUGCUGCGGGGUAGCCAGGCCAUCGAGUUGCGUUCAGCUGACCUGUUGGGGCUUGAGAAGCGUGUGGAGAAGCUCCGAGACCACAUCAAUGGGCGCGUUCUCUAUUAUGCUAGCUGCAAGUGAUUGCCAGGACCUUGGGGAUAUGCCUGCAACUUCACCACCCUGGUGAGAAAUUCUGUAUGAGAGAGAAGUCCAAUAAAGCCCAAUAAAGUGCCUUGUCACAGA